AAUGCAAUCAGUAGGAAAUGUGUUUUUGUUUUUUCAGUGUACUGCAAGUUUGAUCAAAGUUGUACAUAAUCGCUUACAUUAAGUGAUCAGUGUUUAGAAGUGUGAUUGUUUUCUGCGAAUCCGACGGGUCUUUAUUUGUCAAAAAGCGUGUGCGCGGAUUCUAGAAUCACGAAUCUAGAGGACUUUCCAACAAGGUGAAGCACAUCCACUCCUAUAUCGUCUCCGCCCAUAUAAAGGUGACGAAAAAAUAUGGCGAGACUUUUAAUAAGUGCAGGUAAGCCGCAUGUGAGGAGGUGACAUGGCCGAAGCUGAUGUGAAAAAGGUUUUGCAGUUAAAGCAUCAGCUGAAAGAAUCCUGUGAAGGACACACGCUGCUGAAAAUCUUGAAGAAACUUGAAGUAUUGGACAUUACACUUGAAAUCCUCUCUGAAACUGGAAUUGGAAAAGUCGUCAACUCCUUUCGCAAGCAUGAUGAAGCAGGAAAAGUGGCAAAAAUAUUGGUGAAUCGAUGGAAAACGCUUGUUCCAAAAGACUCUUUAAGUUUGAGAGGGAAGCCUGAUGACGGCCUGACCAAAAAUGAACCGCUUAAUGGAGUAGUUCAAGAGAGGAGUCUAGGGGAAAACGGCCGUCUUUCAGAGAGUACCAAUUCUAGAAAGAAGCCAAAAAUCGAGAAUUCCAGUGCUGAAAAGAAAAUCUCACAUAAUGUUGACAAUAAAUGCAAAAUCAAACCCAGUAAAUCCAAAUUCUACUUGAAUGAUGAAAAAAAGGAUGAGCCAAAAAGAGAUUCAAGUGUAAAUCAGGGCUCUUGGACUCACGACUCAGGGAAGGAAAAGGCCAGCGCUGCGCAUACAAAGAUUUCUGGUAUAACAAAAAAACAACUGAAUACGAAACUUGAAAAAUCUUUGAAAGCAACUCAAACGCAGGGAGACAAGAGUGGAGAUGCAUGCAAGAAAGAAAAGCUGGAGAAGGCCAAAGACAAAUUAGUAGCAAUGGAGAGUGAGAAACAGAUGGAUGAAGGCUUUGAAACGCCCUCUAUGUCUUUUGAAGCCUACCUGAGCUAUGACCUCAAGCCCCCCAAACGCAAAAAAUGCUUCAGCAUUACUAAAAGUCCAAAAAAGAGACUUAAAACGGCACACAAAGAGAACUCCUGUGUGUCUCUUGUGAAGGCGAGCAAGGCUGUGGCAGAAGAACCAAUGACAAUGGUUCCUGAGCGGUCCGUGAUGGACUUGUUAAACGUUCCUUUACCAACAAGUUUUCCUGAAUGUGAGGACGUUUCUCAGUAUCAGUACUUCAGUGAAAAGAAAACUGAUAGAAAGAUCACUGAUGACUGUGAAGAGCCUCCAGUUUUCAUUGGACAGAGGCUGAAGAAUAAGAUGCAGGUGUACUCCGGCAGUAAGAUGACGUAUCUGCCCUCUAUGAUGACGCUGUACCAGCAGUGCAUCCGAGCGCUGCAGAACAACAUCGACUCUCUCUAUGAGAUUGGAGGAGUGCCGUUUGAAAUACUGGAGCCAGUGCUGGAGCGCUGCACGCCUGAGCAGCUCCUGCGGAUCGAGGAGUAUAAUCCAGUGUACAUCGGGAUGACGGACCACCUGUGGGAGAGACACUGUCAGAAAGACUUCAGGAACGCCCAGCUGGAGGAGUACGAGUCCUGGAGAGAGAUGUACCUGCGCUUGUCCGAGGAGAGAGAGAGGAAACUGAAGCAGCUCACGAAGAGCAUCGUCUCUGCUCACUCUGGGAAGCCCAAAGGAAGGCAGGUGAAAAUGGCGUUUAUUCACUCAGCUGCUAAGCCACCUAGAAAUGUGCGGAUCCAGCAGGAGAUUCACGGCACGGCCGGCCCUGUGACACUCUCUCACCCGACAGACAGAGCCAGUGUGAAGCCCAGUGAGAAUCGGGGAAGAUCCGGCUUCAGCGAGCCUUCCAAACCCUCCACCAACAACUCCAGCCAAGCUCAAGACCCCCGCAAGAUUAAAAGAGUGGCGCCCAUGAUGGCGAAGUCCCUGAAGGCCUUUAAAAAGCAGCUUUGUCGCAGAUGAAUGCAGAUGAUAUUGGAUAUAAGGCUGACCCUUAUCGUUUAAAUGGUUUAGAGAGAUUUUUUUUUUUUUUUUUUUUCAAUGUUAUUUGUAAUUCCACAAAUGCUUACAGGUUUGAUGAAAUAUGAUCAACUUGGUACUUAUUUGUAUGAACAAUAAUUGCACUUUGAAAUCAAACUGUCUCUUUGUAUUGAUCAUGACAGACACAAAUUGAAUUCUGAAAUUAAAACUAUAAUGACCACACAGUCUGUUUGCUUUGGUGCUUGUCAGUCUGAGUGUACAGUACAGUAUAUACUCGCACUGCAUGUGUGCUGUUGAAGCUCGUGUUUGUCUCCAUCUAGUGGAAGUGGGCUGCAGUUUAACUUCACUUCUGAAAUGAUGGAUCUCUUGUUCUGAGGGGUAACAAGGGGAAAAUGCAUGUUGCAAAUAAUAAAAGGACCAAACUAAGCAUAUAAUCAUGCAUACAGAAGUUGUGAUGAUGAUAAAAAAAAAAAAAUGAGCGUAC